AUGGCUAGAUGUUCCCGCGCACAGGACCUAAGUUACAAGGAAAUGUGCUGUUUUUCAAGAACGGCUGGUUCUUCUUUCGAUCCGCCGGACGUACCGACUGCCCUGAGCGCUCCCAUCGAACUCCCUGUUACUCACACUGACCAUACUUCGCCGAUCCAAACAACGCAACUACCCGGAGUUGAGGAGUACUACGAUGAUUCGGACCCGUACGAGGAUUUUUUCAAGUCUUCUCCGCCCCCAGACGACGCCCAGCCGUCAUCGGCUCGGCGUCUCUGGAACACCAUAUCCCGACACCGACACCGUCCACCCGCGGUCCAGUCCACUCCUCAAUCCCUUCACGAGCACCGCUCUUUGUGGGAUCGCACUCGCUCACUACUCAAAUCCGCCGGCAAAUUCACUGGAUCGAUACGAGAAACAAAUGUGACGGAUUCCACCUCUGCCACGGUCGCUCCGACAACGCAACGUCCCGAAGUCGUUAGCGUCUCCGCCGUGCGCGGUUUUCAGGGAUAUGUGGCCAUGCCACGCAAGACGAAGAAGAAGCUGCCAGUGAAAGCGAGCGACGCGUCCGGACAACCAGACGCUCAACAUGUACAAGCCUCUGGAGGUCAGGCGUCACAAUCGCACGUCCACUACACCGACGACUCGGAUUCAAUCCAGGGUCGUUGGAACAAGGUUCUCAACAAGGCGCAAUCGUCCGGGAGGCGCGCAGAAUUCCAAGCGGUAUCUUCCCUGUUUGUUUUAAGCCGCGAACUCAUAUCAGAACUUUGGUCAACCUCCCCUUUUCGCUUUCAUUUGUGGCGGGAGUUUCCGCCUUCAACAGUCGAGGGCAUCGAGUCAUACUAUGCCGCGAUCGCGAUGCAGUCUACCAGUUGCAGAGCUGUGGAUUGCGUCCUGAAUGAGGAGAUUGAUAUUACCAUCGGUACGCAUGUACUAGUUCGCCCCGGGGCUCGGUUUGGUCGCUGGUAA